CCUAUGUGAUUAGAGAUGAAGUGGAGAAGUAUAACCGAAAUGGGGUAAAUGCACUUCAGCUGGAUCCAGCAUUAAAUAGACUCUUCACAGCAGGCCGAGACUCUAUUAUAAGGAUAUGGAGUGUCAAUCAGCACAAGCAAGACCCUUAUAUAGCAUCUAUGGAACAUCACACGGAUUGGGUAAAUGAUAUUGUGCUCUGCUGCAAUGGUAAAACAUUGAUAUCUGCUUCUUCAGAUACUACUGUUAAAGUGUGGAAUGCACAUAAGGGAUUUUGCAUGUCAACACUAAGGACGCAUAAGGAUUACGUGAAAGCCUUAGCAUAUGCAAAAGAUAAAGAACUGGUAGCAUCUGCCGGGCUGGACAGACAGAUAUUCCUCUGGGAUGUAAAUACUCUAACAGCACUGACUGCCUCAAAUAACACCGUAACAACUUCUUCCCUGAGUGGGAACAAAGACUCAAUCUACAGCCUUGCAAUGAAUCAAAUGGGAACAGUUAUUGUGUCAGGGUCCACUGAAAAGGUUCUAAGGGUGUGGGAUCCGAGAACUUGUGCAAAACUAAUGAAACUCAAAGGGCACACGGACAAUGUAAAAGCUUUGUUGUUGAACAGAGAUGGCACCCAGUGUCUUUCAGGCAGCUCUGAUGGGACUAUCCGCCUAUGGUCCCUUGGGCAGCAGAGAUGUAUAGCCACAUAUCGAGUCCAUGAUGAAGGUGUUUGGGCUCUGCAGGUCAAUGAAGCCUUCACUCAUGUUUAUUCAGGAGGAAGAGACAGGAAGAUUUAUUGUACAGAUUUACGAAAUCCUGAUAUCCGUGUGCUUAUCUGUGAAGAAAAGGCACCAGUUCUUAAGAUGGAACUUGAUAGAUCAGCUGAUCCUCCUCCAGCACUUUGGGUUGCAACAACUAAAUCCUCUGUGAAUAAAUGGACUUUGAAGGGAAUUCAUAAUUUUAGAGCAUCUGGAGAUUAUGAUAAUGAUUGUACCAAUCCUAUACCACCCCUGUGUACACAGCCUGACCAAGUUAUAAAAGGGGGUGCUAGUAUUAUUCAAUGCCACAUUCUUAACGACAAGAGACACAUAUUAACCAAAGACACAAAUAAUAAUGUGGCAUACUGGGAUGUCUUGAAGGCAUGUAAAGUUGAAGACCUUGGGAAAGUAGAUUUUGAAGAAGAAAUUAAGAAGAGAUUUAAAAUGGUGUAUGUGCCAAACUGGUUCUCAGUAGACUUGAAAACUGGGAUGUUGACAAUUACUUUGGAUGAAAGUGACUGCUUUGCAGCCUGGGUUUCAGCAAAGGAUGCUGGAUUUAGCAGUCCAGAUGGUUCUGAUCCAAAAUUAAACCUUGGAGGGCUUCUGCUACAAGCACUUCUGGAGUAUUGGCCCAGAACACAUAUCAAUCCAAUGGAUGAAGAAGAAAACGAAAUAAAUCAUGUGAAUGGUGAGCAGGAGAACAGAGUCCAGAAAGGAAAUGGAUACUUUCAAGUGCCACCACAUACACCAGUUAUUUUUGGUGAGGCUGGAGGACGCACUUUGUUCAGGUUAUUAUGUCGGGAUUCAGGAGGUGAAACUGAAUCUAUGCUUCUUAAUGAAACUGUGCCACAAUGGGUAAUUGACAUCACUGUGGAUAAAAAUAUGCCCAAAUUCAAUAAGAUUCCUUUCUACCUCCAACCUCAUUCAUCAUCAGGGGCAAAAACUCUAAAAAAAGACCGACUGUCAGCAAGUGAUAUGCUUCAGGUGAGAAAAGUGAUGGAACACGUGUAUGAGAAAAUCAUAAACUUGGAUAAUGAGUCUCAGACAACUAGCUCUUCCAAUAAUGAAAAAGCAGGAGAACAAGAAAAAGAAGAGGACAUUGCUGUGCUAGCAGAGGAGAAGAUUGAACUUCUGUGCCAGGACCAGGUUUUGGAUCCGAAUAUGGACCUUCGAACUGUAAAGCACUUCAUUUGGAAGAGUGGUGGUGAUCUGACACUUCAUUAUCGCCAGAAAUCAACGUGAAGGGAGCGGUGGACCCAAAUGGUUAUUUACUUGACCGUACUGUACUGGUUCCAAGAGUAGUACUAUAGAAGCCCACUGAACCCCUAAGGUAGAUGAGACUUCUAAUGACUCAGUAUGGACGGAAAGUAUACAUUUAAUUGAAGUGACUAAUAGAUCUGUAAUAUAGAGGAAAAAAAUCUAUAUGACUUAAACUAAAGUCUGUCCUAGUCUCAGCUAAUGAGAUGGGAAGUCCCUGAGUGGUUCGUGUUGUGUGAGGUGUACAGAGAACGGAUGAUAAUCCAGUGCAGACUUUUGCUUCCUCCUCUUUGCUUUUGUUUUUCCAGAACAUAAUAUCCUCAUCUGCUCAUGCUUGAUAUGAAACCAUUUUGGCCAUAUUAGUCGCUGUGUUCACAAUAUAAUUCAGAACUG